UGGUGAUCGGAGGAAGAGACGAGGAAGAAAAGAAUACGAAUCAGGGCGCGCUUGGCACCGACGCCGGAAUGGGCCAGUGCUAUGCCAAGAACAUCGCCGUCGCCGUGGAGGGGGAUGCCGAGGGCGGAUGCGAUGCCUAUCGCUCCCCGUCCCCUAUACCGGCAACCGUCGCCACCGUCGCCGCCGCCUCGUCCCCGGCCCCAGUCACCAACGCCGUGACUCCUGCCGGAUCUUCCUCGGGUAGCCCCUGGCCGAGUCCUUACCCACGGAGCGCGGCCGGUAGCCCUCUCCCGUCCGGGAUCGCCCCGUCCCCGGCGCGGUCCACGCCGCGGAGGUUCUUCCGUCGCCCGCCGUCGCCCGCGAAGCACAUUAAGGCGUCCCUAGCUAAGAGAUUCGGCCGGAAGAAGCCCAGCGACGCUUCAAUCCCCGAGGACGGCGCCGGCGACGGAGCCGCAGGAGGAGAAGCGGAAGCGGAGCGGCAGCUGGACAAGAGCUUCGGGUACGAGAAAAAUUUGGAGGCGAAGUACGAGAUCGGGAAGGAGGUGGGCAAGGGGCAUUUUGGGAAUACAUGCUUGGCGAGGGCAAAGAAGGGAGAGCUCAAGGGUCAGCUUGUCGCCAUCAAGAUCAUCUCUAAAGUUAAGAUGACAACAGCAAUAGCAAUUGAAGAUGUUCGUAGGGAAGUGAAAAUCUUGAAGUUUCUAUCUGGGCAUGCUAAUCUGGUCAAGUUUUACGAAGCAUAUGAGGAUGACCUUAAUGUCUAUAUAAUCAUGGAAUUGUGUGGAGGAGGAGAAUUGUUGGAUAGAAUCCUGUCCAAAGGUGGAAGAUACAAGGAGAAAGAUGCAAAAGUAGUUGUCAUACAAAUUUUAAGUGUAAUUGCCUUUUGUCAUCUUCAAGGAGUUGUGCAUCGCGAUCUUAAGCCAGAGAAUUUUCUGUUUACUACAAAGGAUGAAAAUGCACCUAUGAAGAUAAUUGAUUUUGGUCUUUCUGAUUUCAUCAGACCAGAUGAAAGACUAAAUGAUAUUGUAGGUAGUGCAUACUAUGUUGCACCUGAAGUUCUACAUAGAUCAUACAGCACAGAAGCAGAUAUGUGGAGCAUUGGUGUCAUAACAUAUAUACUAUUGUGUGGCAGUAGACCCUUCUGGGCACAGACUGAAUCCGGAAUUUUCCGUUCUGUACUGAGAGCUGAUCCUAAUUUUGAAGAAUUACCUUGGCCUGCAGUAUCUCUGGAAGCCAAAGAUUUUGUUAGAAGGUUGCUAAAUAAGGAUUAUAGGAAAAGAAUGUCUGCUGCAAAAGCUCUAUCUCAUCCUUGGUUGCGAAAUGAGCAUCGUCAGACACCUUUGGACAUACAAAUCUACAAGUCAGUCAAGUCCCAUCUCCGCACAACAACUUUUAGACGUGCUGCCAUGAAGGCUUUGUCAAAUGCUCUAACAGAGGAUGAGCUCAUCUACAUAAGAUCCCAAUUUAAUUUAUUGCAGCCAAAUAAUGAUGGUUGUGUUUCUAUUGAGAAUUUUAGAAUGGCACUCUGGCAGAAUGCUACCGAUGCUAUGAAGGUGUCCAAGGUUCCUGAUAUAUUAAAUGCAUUGGAGCCACUAUCAUACAGAAGGAUGAACUUUGAAGAGUUUUGUGUGGCAGCAAUCAGCCCUUAUCAACUCGAGGCUUUGAAAGAAUGGGAACAAAUCGCCACCAGGGCAUUCCAGUACUUCGAGGAAGAAGGCAAUCACUUCAUCUCUAUCGAAGAACUAGCACAGGAGAUGAACCUUGCCCCUGCUGCUUACUCUAUGAUGCGCGACUGGAUCCGACCCGCUGAUGGCAAACUCAGCUUCCUCGGGUUCACCAAAUUUUUGCACGGCGUGACGAUACGUAGCUCCAGACCAAGAAACCACCAUUAGAUUUUAACAAUAGAAUUGUUCUAAUUUGUUUUCAUUCUUGGCAUUCCCUUUUCUUCUAUUAUUUAGCUUUCUCUUAUAGAGCAUUGGUGUACAAAACGAAUGUUAUAUCAAGUCCCAAAUAUUUGGAUUUCCCAAUACUUGAUUCGAUUCACAUAAUUCACAA